UUCACAUUUGGGUUAACAAUGAAUAUAAAACAGCUGAUGAAAUUGUAAAGAAAUAAGAUUUGGUGAAGAUAUAAAGAUAUAAAAAAAUUAAUAUAAACACAGCUGAUUAUAUUGAGUUGGCAAUCGAUCAUCCGAGCACGACUAAUUCAGACAUUCCCGUUUGUAAGUCUCUCUCUCAGUAGACGUCAUCGCCCUCCUCAUAGUCUCUCUCGAUAUAUAAACUCACCUCACCACUUUCUAACUCUUACUCAUCUCUCUUUCUAUCUCUUUCUCAAUUUAUCUAUCUUUACAUUGUUUAUCACAAUGGGAUCAACAGCGGCGGGAGCUCUCCUCCUCCUCCUCCUAGCCGUAGUCCCUGCCGUCUUCGCCGUGACUUAUCAGGUCGGCGAUAUUGGUUUCUGGAACAGUGGUGUCGAUUACAUGGAUUGGGUUACUGGAAAGACUUUCAGGGUCGGUGACACUCUAGAGUUCCAAUAUGGACCUUCACACUCGGUGGCUGUGGUGAAUAAAGCUGGCUUUGAUGCCUGUGACAGUACCGGAGCAUUGCAGACCUUCUCUGGUGGAGACACUAAGAUCGAUCUUACAACAGUUGGAACUAUGCAUUUCAUUUGCCCUACUCCUGGUCACUGCCAAGGUGGCAUGAAACUCGCCGUUACCGUCGCCGCUGUUCCACCUCCAGCCACCCCGUCACCACCUCCUUCCCCAAAAUCUCCACCGCCUUCCCCUCGAACUCCACCGUCUUCCACUCCUUCCCCAAAAUCUCCACCGUCUUCCACUCCUCCCAAGCCUGCACCUCACUCUCCGCGUAAACCUAAAACUCCGCCUCCAUCUGCUUCUCCACCAGCCAAUGGCACACCGAAGUCAGAGUCGCCAUCCUCUCCAUCCUCGCCGUCUCCAGUGACGUCCCCCUCACCGUCUCCAUCGCCACCAAUUAACGCAGUGUCUAAGGGAGUCAUGAUGAGCUAUGGAAUGAUGGCGAUCACCAUGUUACUGAUGUACGGUAUCAUGAGCUAAGUUACAGAGUGGAGACAGAGCUUUAUUUCCUGCUCAAUAAUUUUUUUGGUCUUGGAUCUUUGGAACCACUACUACUUUCAUCAUCUUAUGUGUAAUAAAUCAUUUUUCUUUCAACAACAAUUUUCCCUUCAUGUUAUUUUGAUUUUGGAACUGAUCAUCGUCAGAACAUUAUAAAUCAUGUUCUACAUGGUUAUUGAGUAAAUCACAAAAUCAUAUUCCAUUUAGAUUUA